AUGUCUGUUUCUGUUUCUCACAAGGAGACGACAACGACGACUCAUGAUGAUGGCGAGAGCAUGAUGAUUGGAAUUCGUGAUAUGGGAAACCAUUACAAUCCGAUUUUUUUAAAUAAUCAUUGGUGUGGAAAUCGUUUAACAAUACUAAGAAGAUGUGUACUUAAAAACUGCCAAAUGAAGUCUGCUCUCUGUUCAACUACUGCAUAUAAAUAUCUACUUAAAAUGAGAAAUGUGUAA